UAUAUACUCGCCGUCGUUGCUCCUUGUACAAGCGUCCGCCUUUGCACUGGGCAGGCAGACAGACAUCAACAGCGGCAGUUCACAUGUCACACUUGAGAUACUACGCCUACGAGGGGCAGGGGGAGCAGAAGAGGAGGAACUUUUCCUACAGCCAGGCCGUCCGGGUCGGUGACCGGGUAGAGUGCGCCGGCCAGGGAGGCUGGGACCCCGUCACCGGCGUGUUCGAGCGCGAGAUCAACGCGCAAAUCGACCUGGCAUUCGCAAACGUCGAGCGCUGCCUCAAGGACGCCGGCUGCAAGGGCUGGUCACAGGUGUUCCGCGUCAACUCGUACCAUGUGCCCAUCAACGACGAGGCGCUGGCUGCCAUGGUUCGCAACUUCAGAAAGUACAUGCCGGACCACGAGCCGCUGUGGACCUGCGUCGGGGUGACGAGGCUGGCCGAGGAUGAUAUGCGCGUCGAGAUUGAGGUGGUGGCGCAUGAUCCGGAGGGCUCCAAGUCGACGGCGUAAGCUGCGGGUACUUUCCAGUAGUACGAGAUACGUAGCACACGAAUUACAGCUCUAACAUUCACGAG